GGACAAGCUUCUCCGUGAUGGGCUCUAUGAUCUUGUUGGCUCUGCUUCAGCACCCAUGCAGUAGUAUAGUCGAAUGGUGUCUUGGGCAACGAGCCCCUAACUUAUGGGCUAUGUAGUCCACAUCAAAGUUACUUACACCUCUCACCAAAGCCUUUUAAUUAGUAGAGGUUUUUUUUUUGGACUUUGGAGGAUAAUAUGCGUUGGAAUAUUCCCAAAGAUAGAGCUCGGAAAGAAAAGGUGUCAACAUCGUAUCAAUUGCAAGCAACCAGGAAAGAGAGAGUCGAAUAUCCAAAAGGGAUAAUUUGACUGUUAUUAGGAACGGAGCCGAAUGAUGACGUGGUGAUCCUCAAGGAAUAUUCCAAGAUCCCAUCUUCGUCUUUCUUCUUUUUAUCAUAUAGUAUCUAUAUUAACUAACCCUCACCCAAAGUCCGUCUCUGAACCCAUCCAACAAAUCUGCUCCCUAGCUCCUCUUUUGAUCUCUAUACAUAAAUAAAAAUGUCUCUGAAAGCAAUUCAUGUAACGGAAGUGCCUAGCCUCGACAACUUCCAUGAGAAUCCCUCCCUCUGCGCUUCUCGUUUCUCGCCUGGUGGUCUAAGCUCUUUCAAGAUCCCAAAGUUUCUGGUUGUGGGACAUAGAGGUCACGGCAUGAACAUGUUGCAGUCGCCUGAUCCAAGGUUCUCUGCCCUCAAGGAAAACUCCAUCCUCUCCUUCAGUGCUGCUUCAAAACUCCCUCUCGACUUUAUCGAAUUCGAUGUUCAGGUCACCAGAGAUGGCUACCCAGUCAUUUUCCACGACGACUUCAUCUACUCGGAAGAUAACGGAGUGGUCUACGAGAAGAGGGUCACGGAGGUUAGCUUGUCCGAGUUCAUGUCCUACGGUCCACAGAAAGAAACAGCAAAGAGCGGUAAGCCAUUGCUGAGGAAGUCAAAGGAAGGGAAGAUCCUCAAGUGGUGCGUCCAACGAGACGACUCUCUCUGUACUCUCCAGGAGGCUUUUGAGAAAGUUGAGCCCAAGCUGGGUUUCAACAUCGAGCUCAAGCUUGACGACAACCUUGUCUAUUCCUCCGACCACCUCUCCCGUCUUCUCCUCCCGAUCUUGCAGGUGGUGUGUGAUUAUGGAAAAGACAGACCCAUCAUCUUCUCCAGCUUUCACCCUGAUGCUGCCCUCCUCGCCAGGAAGUUGCAGAGCAUCUACCCUGUAUUCUUCUUGACAAACGGAGGAACAGAGAUGUACUACGACGUGAGAAGGAACUCACUGGAGGAAGCAAUCAAAGUAUGUGUAGAGGGAGGCCUCCAAGGGAUUGUCUCGGAGGUUAAGGGUGUUUUCAGGAACCCAGCUGCCGUCAACAGGAUAAAAGAAUCCAAACUCUCUCUGAUGACAUACGGGAAGCUCAACAACGUCGUCGAGGCUGUGUAUAUGCAGCAUUUGAUGGGAAUAGAAGGAGUCAUAGUGGAUCAUGUGGAAGAGAUGACAGAGGCUGUGAGGGAGAUGAUGAAGCCAUCCAAUAGAGAUGCUCAUGAUACUAAGCCAAAGCCAAACUUCUCUGAGAGAGAGCUCUCCUUUCUUCUCAAGCUCAUUCCUGAGUUGAUUCAACACUGAACUCUUAACUCAGUUAGUUACAUAUUAGGGAUAUGUUGUUUUCCCAAAAACUUGGGUAUAUGAGAAAUCUGACGAUGUAUGUGAGCCCAAAUGUUAUAGAUUGAUAUCAGUACUACCAUCA